AUGCCUUCUUCUCAACCGAAAUCUAGAAUACCUCUUACAGCACGACAACGAUCCAUUCUGCUUGAUUUCUACAAUCGAAAUCCUUAUCCAUCGGCAAGUGAACGUUAUUUACUUGUUCAACUAACAGGUCGAACCAUAAAACAAGUUCAAGAUUGGUUUUCAAACCGUCGUGUAUAUACAUCAUUUCUUAUUCUAAUUUCAUUUCCAAUUCGUAUUUGUUUUUUUAGCGCACUGAUUCUCGAUUGA